UGACCCUAGUGGUGCUAAACCGGGCCUUGCGGCCCGGGCAGACGAAGGGAUUCGGAGUAGCGUUCAAGUUCGAAUCUGCUCCCAUAUAAAACCCUGGUGGCGCUCUCUCUCUCUCUCCCCCUCUCCCUCUCCCUCUCUUGCUGAAGCUUAGUUCCCUUCUUCAGUUGCUACCAGUCUCUCUUCCAUUUGUCUAAAGAAAUCGCUCUUUUUCUCUGUCUCUGUGAGAGAAGAAGAGAAUAUGAGCAGUUGGAAGAGUCUUCUUCUUCGAAUUGGCGAGAAAUCUCCCGACUAUGGCACCUCCUCCGACCCCAAAGAACACAUUGAAACUUGCUUUGGCGUGCUUCGCCGAGAACUGGAGCACUCUCCCAACGAAGUUUCGCAAUUCCUUCUCCAGUGUGCCGAACAAUUACCUCACAAAACUUCUCUUUAUGGGACAGUGAUUGGCUUGUUAAACUUGGAGAAUGAGGAAUUUGUUAGGAAAGUAGUGGAGAACACUCAAAGUAAUUUUCAGGAUGCCUUAGAUUCUGGAAAUUGCAACAGGAUUCGUCUUUUGAUGAGGUUCCUGACUGUUAUGAUGUGCAGUAAAGUUAUCCAUCCCAGUUCUCUGGUGGUUGUCUUUGAGACAUUAUUAUCAUCAGCUGCAACAACAGUUGAUGAGGAGAAAGGGAAUCCCUCCUGGCAAUCGAGAGCUGACUUUUACAUAACAUGUAUUUUAUCAUGUCUCUCUUGGGGAGGAGCAGAUCUCAUUGAGCAAGUCCCUGAGGAAAUUGAGAGAGUUAUGGUCGGUGUUGAAGCUUAUUUGAGCAAAAGAAAGCGUGUUUCUGACACCGGGUUGUCUGCUUUUGAGGAUGAUGAUGAGAACGUGAGAGAACCUAAUGAUAAGGAUUUCUUGGAAGAUUUGUGGGGCCGAAUACAAGUUUUAUCUAGCAAUGGAUGGAAACUUGAUAGUGUUCCGAGACCUCACCUUUCAUUUGAAGCACAGCUAGUUGAUGGAAAGUCUCAUGAGUUUGGACCCAUCAGCUGUCCUGACCAACCUGAUCCGCCUUCAACAAUUUCUAGUAUAACGUGUGGUAAACAAAAGCAUGAUGCAGAGUUAAUAUAUCCUCAAAGGAUACGAAGGCUGAAUAUAUUUCCUGCAAGUAAAACUGAGAUGGAGCAGGAAGAGGAUGACUUUGAUGAUGAGCAGGAAGAGGAAGAAGAAUCAGAAGAUGAAGAGGAAGAAGAAGAAGAAGAUGGAGAAGAGGAAGAGGAAAAUGGUGACGGUCAAGAUGAUAAUAAAGAUGCUGAGAUGGAAGAACUUGAGAAAGAAUACGUGAGUCUUCGUCAUCAGGAGCAAGAUAUUUUAAAGAAUCUAAAGCAUCAUAAGGAUGAAGAUCUUCUUAAAGGUCAAGCAGUGAAGAACCAAAAGGCUCUUUGGGACAAGACUCUUGAGUUCCGAUUCUUGCUUCAGAAAGCAUUCUCAAGUUCAAAUAGAUUACCACAGGAGCCAGUUAGGUCUUUAUUUUGUGAUUCACAUGAGGGUGUCAAUGCAGCAUAUUCGGAUCUAGUUAACUCAUCAAAGAGAACUUUGGAUUCUCUAGUGGAACUAGAAGAGGCUUUACUUGAAAAGAACCCAUCCAUUGUUCAAGCAACAGAUAGUGAAUCUGCUCGGUCAAAGCAUUCAGAAUCAUCUAAUAACGUUGAUGCUGAUGGUGAUGAGGAUUGGUCAUGGAUUUCUCAGUUGCUUUCAAGCAUAGCUACUUUUAGAAACAAAUCAAUAGACAAAUGGCAGAGGAAGACACAGGUGACCACAGGUGCUGCUGCUAUUAAAAGCCAGCUGCAUGCUUUUAAUCAGAAUAUCAGUGAACAAGUUGCUUCUUAUAUGAGAGAUCCAAGCAGAAUGGUUAAGCAGAUGCAGAUGAGGCGAUCGGCAGUUGGUGUAUUUGGCAUUGUUCCUGAGGGGGAGAAUACUCCAAAGGGAGAGGAGACACAAUGUGAUGUUGGUGCACAAGCUGAUGGCGACCCAGAACUUUUAGACGACUCCGAGUUUUACCAGCAAUUACUGAAAGAAUUUUUUGAGACAAUUGACCCAACAUCUUCUGAGACGGCCUUUUAUUCUCUGAAAAAGUUGCAUACUAAGAAGAGGAAGAUUGUGGACAGACGAGCCUCUAAGAGUCGCAAGAUAAGGUAUAAUGUUCACGAGAAGAUAGUAAAUUUCCUGGCUCCGGAGCGUAUGACCCUUCCCACUAUGGUUCCAGACCUCAAUAAUUUGUUUGGGUUGAAGAACCAGAAACGAGCUUCUGUAGUAUAGCGUAUAGGUCUUUGGAUCCAAGCUCUGAAAUUUUGUUUGUUAUUUAAAUGAUUCCCUGGAGCGUUCUCAUCCAUGGCUAGAUUAACAAAUCUGCAAAUAAAUUCGCACAAUAUUGCAAUUAAACCUGCAAACUAAACCCAGAACCACCACCUCCAAACCCACGAACCCAAAAUCCUAUUUUUAUUUUUAUUUUUAUUUUUA